AUGCAGCAAGUGGUGUGUGUCCGGUACAACACGCAGCUGCGCGCAGCCGGUGUCGACGUCUCGACGGAGGGCGGCGCCGGGGUCAACAUCCCGACCAAGGGAACGGCCGAGAACAUGCAGUUGCCUGGGUCGCCGAUAAACUCGGGAUUGGGAGAGGCCCCACCAGGUGACUCGCAGUGGCAGCCUGCCUCCCAGUCCGAUGUCGGCUCCAGUGCGACAUCCGACCUCGAUGGGCCCGUUGCCACAGUCGACGGCGGCGCGCUCAUCAGCGGCAAGGACAGCUUCAAGGAGCGCGACCAACAGAAGCUCGCAAAGCGCUUCAUCGUGUACGCCCGCGGCCAAGACGCCAUUAGCGUGAGCAGCGGUGUGCGCAUCGGGACGACGGAGUGGGAGGCGAUGUUCGAGGCGUCGAUGCUCAUACCAACGUCGAGCAAGGCCGUCGUCGUCGCCCGCCUCAAGCUGCUGUCGAUGGACCACACCCUCAUCCGCACGAGCGACUGCAUGACGGACUGGCAGGCGAGGUACUUGGACAUCCUCACGGAUGAGGCAGCCGAGGACAUUGACUCUACCAUCCCAAGACCGUCAUCAAGACGCUCAUGCAUCGCAUCAAGCCCAUAG